UUCUCCGGUUCAGAAGGAGGGACAAAUUUAGCAAUAAAGAUGAAACGAAGGGGUGUGUUCACACAUACAGUACAUCGUCAGCACGUCUUACUCACACUCUCUUUCUCUCACGCGCUUUUAUUUAGUCGUAGUUUGGUUGCUGGACAUGAGGGUCGAGAAGGCACCAAUCUUUCCAGUAAUGAUGUUCCUCAAAAUGGCUUCUCCACUUCAUCUGGUCUUUCUGUUCAUGAUCUCAGGAGCUCUUGGGAAUGAAUGGAGUGUGACAUACAUCGAAACAAAACUCUGUGCUUUAAAAGGAUCUACAGUGUUUAUGAACGUCACGUACACACACCCAACACGUCUUACAGUGAAGAACAGGUUUUGGUUAAUAAACUCAGUUCAGGGUAAAAAACCGACUGAUCUGCGUAAUGAUUCAGGUUACUCAGGCAGAGUGGAGUAUUCAGGAGAUGAACAGAAACACUUCUCCCUCAGACUGAGUGACGUGAAGAAAACAGAUAAACAGAAGUACUGGUUCAGAAUCAUAACAAAUGAAGAAAAAGAAAGAUACCAGGGUGAACCUGGAGUUACACUCAAUGUUACAGAUCUUCAGGUGAUCGCUCCUGCAGAAGUGACAGAGGGACAAUCAGUCGUUCUGAUCUGUAACACCACCUGCAGUCUGACUGAUCCAACAUUCAUCUGGUACAAAAACAGACGUGAUUUAACCACAAACACCCCCAAGAGCAAUGAACUCCACCUGCAGCCGGUCAGCAGUGAGGAUGCAGGCAGUUAUAGCUGUGCUGUAAGAGGAUAUGAACAUCUCCCCUCUCCUGAUCAAACCCUCAGAGUCAGAUAUCCUCCAAAGAACGUCUCAGUGUCCAUCAGCUCCUCUGGUGAAAUAGUGGAGGGCAGUUCAGUGACUCUGACCUGCAGCAGUGAUGCUAACCCACCUGUGGAGAACUACACCUGGUUUAAGGGGACGACAUCAGUAGGAAAAGAAAAGACCUACACCAUCUCCAAGAUCAGAUCUGAGGACAGUGGAGAGUACAAGUGCAAGUGCAGUAAUGAAGUCGGACAUCAGGACUCCAUCAGUGUAACUCUGAAUGUUCUGUAUCCUCCAAAGAACGUCUCAGUGUCCAUCAGCUCCUCUGGUGAAAAAGUGGAGGGCAGUUCAGUGACUCUGACCUGCAGCAGUGAUGCUAACCCACCUGUGGAGAACUACACCUGGUUUAAGGUGAAUGAAUCAUCACCUGUAGGAUCUGGACAGAGUUACGGAGCACUACAGAGUGGACAGUACUACUGCGAGGCUCAGAAUCAACACGGCUCUGAGAGAUCAGCUGCAGUGUCCGUCACUUUAAACAGGUUUCAGAGCUUAGGUGUGUACGCAACUGUUGGGGCUGUUGUGUUUGGGUGUGUUUGUCUCAUCAUCACCUUCCUGUUUAUCAGAAGCAGGAGACAGAAGAAAAAGGCAGAUGACGGUGACUAUCAGAACGUCGGGCCGAGCGCUAAAGACGACACGUACGCAGCUCUCGACCUCGCGGGCUGGACAUCUGAUGAUGUGUAUCACACACUUGCAAUUUCUCAUCCCAGUCCUCCUGCUGACACGCCCACUUCCUCUGACUAAAGAGCAGAACAUGAUGAAUGAAAUGAGUCCUGAAACAGCUGAUGAAUAGAGAGAGCUCCUCACUGAAGUGGAGAAACUGAAUCGCUCCUUUACACCAGCGACAUCAGCAUCUUACAGCCAUUUAAAGCAGCUUUAAUCAUUUUAUAGCAGUGUGUGAAGUACUUUUUCUACUGCCAGCAGGUUAGGACUGUUCCAGUCAGCUGUAGAGUUUUCACUCAUUAGUUAUCGCUUCUUUAUUGUGAAUAUUGUAAAUGAAUAAAGGGAUUGAAGCUCAACUGAAGUCCAGAAUGUAAAUAUAUUUAGCAGAGAAUGUGUAUUUAGUGAGAAAUAAAACUAAUUAUGUUUUAACUUUCUCAGAACUGUACGCUGUAGGUCAGUGUUAUAGAUUUAAGCAGCUAAUGUGUCAGUGCUGAUUGAUCUAAAGUAAUUACUGCUAUAAACUCAUUUAAAGUAGUGAAGUGAUGUUUUAUUUACUGUUGAUGGUGUGAGUGGCCAUGUUGGUCUGAUGUCAUGUACUGAACUCAGGGUUGAGGAGACCUUCCUGACCUUCUGAGUAGGAAUUCUGAGUUGAGGGGCCGUUUUCUUUGGUUGUUUUACGAGUUAUGAGCUUUAUUCAAACACAGCAUGAGCUCCUGAUUGUCAGCCAGUGAUCCUGGAAUAGACUCCUGAUUCACUGUGACUCUGACCAGGAUAAAGCUCUUGUAUAUAUCGCAGUAGAGCUACUUUAACUAGCCAAAGCUGUUCAUAUACAUCCUUGUUUCAUUUUGUCUCACUCCAAAUAAAAAGAUAAAACAUAUUAUUCCACUUUUUAUGUGAACUGUUCAUGUCGCUGUUCAAGUCAAAUAUCAUAACAGUACUGUUACUUCCCAAAAUAAUCUACUCUGAGUAGAGUAAAAAUACUCCUGCUGCUCCUCCUACUAAUUUUACAAAGUAAAAUAAACGUUAAUAAGCAAUAAACA